AUGGCCGCCGCCGUAGCAGCCGCCUCCGACGCGACGACCAGCCUAUCGAGCGACGGAGAACCUCAUCCGCUAACCGACAUCGAGAUCGUGCAGCUCGCCCAACGAGGUGAACUCCAUCCUUACUUGCUUACCGCCUCCUCUCACUCGGCUCUCCUCGCCCACCUCCAAGCUCGCUCGCUCUCUCCUUCGCCGUCGCCGGCGGUGUCCGAAUACGUACUCUCUCUUCUCUCUCUCAUUUCCCUCUCGCCGGAUACUCCCUCGCUACCGUCUCUUCUCUCCGCCCUGCUCUCUUCCUACACCCGGUUGUUCCUCUCCCGCCAGAUCCCUCACGAUUCGAAUUCCUCGAAAACUAUUGGUCUCUUCACUACUCUCCUGCACAAUAUCGUCAUCGAUGAUCUUCAGUCGGUGGUGGAGUCGAUUGUGGACGACUUGUUUGGGAUCGAGAGUUUGGAAGACGCGCAGAUUCUCGACUUUCUUCCUGGCUGUUGUAAUUUGAUUUUCCAGGAAAACCGUAAGGAGUUCGUGGAUUCGAUGCUGGAUAAGGUUAUGGUGAGCGAAUGGUCGAAACCGCUGCUUAUUAAGCUGGUUUCUGUUGUUAAGGAAUUUCUAGGUAUUUUUGACAAGGGGAGAGGGAUAGAGUUUGUACAGAAGGUGUUCGAUGGAAUGCCCAUGAUAGAUUUGCAGGAUUUGCCGACACUUGUGUAUCAGUUGUUGGUUUUGGCUUCCAAAGGAUUCAACAAGAGAGAGGUGCUUGAAGGGAUUGUGAAGUAUUUUGGGGAUGAAAAACGGUCGAGGAAAGUGAGUUCCACUGUUAGGCAAGUGGAGGGAACUGUGCUGCUUCAUGUCAAUUUCGCUGUGAAGCAGGAUCCUUCUCUCGUUCAGGAGAUUAUUAGGCUUGUGAAGUUGGACUUGAGGGCUUUUAAUCAUUUCACCGUUGCUGUUUUGCUCUCUGUUGCGAGGGUUAGAAGGUUCAGCGAAAACUCGAUUGGGGCACUCAAAAUGGGGCUGCUUAAUGCUUACCGCGAUUACAAGUUUGCUAAUGACUGUAAGUGGCUAACACAGGAGCUAAAAGAAGACUAUCUGCAGAACGUUCAGACACUGGAGAAGGCUGUUCUAAGAGCGGUUAAUGAGAGCACCUGUGGAAGGGAACAUAUUUUGCCUACUAUGGUGCAGUUCAGCUUUGUACUGUUGGAGUCAUCUGAAGAAGGUAGUUUCGGAGAUCCAUCUGAUUCUGAUGGCCUGCUUGGCAUCAAGGAGCUCAGUAUUCGGAUGCUCAUGACUCUUUUUGAGGUUCAUGAUAUGGCAAGAAAUGAGAUAAUAGAUCAGUGCAAAUUUCGCAUUCUGUGUCUGAAGCCAGAGCGGAGCAUUCCAAUCACAAGACUGCUAGGCCAGCUAGUCCAAGCAUUUCCUCUCCCAAUGUCGGACCAUGUUCCUCGCUUGAAGGAACUGUUGGACUACUUCACUCAUAUGCCCAACAAGGUCGCCACUCUUCUGGUUGCUGCUAUAGUGCCGCUAGCCAAACAUAGUCGCCAUCUUCGGGAUUAUAUGAUCUUGGUAUUGCGCAAGGCUAUAUUUAGCCGGGAAGAUGCGGUCCGUCUUGCUGCAACUAACGCCAUUUUCCGUCUUAUUCUAGUGGAAAGACAAUCCACUAGAGACGGGUUGUUGGCCUUUCAAGACUCGUCAAGCCAGGCAAGUAGCAGCCAGCAAAAUGGCAUGCUGCCAUGUGGCAUCAACGGAGGAGCUCUCUUUCAUGAGCUAAGUGGUUUGCUGCGCAGAUGCCUUUGUCAACAGGCAAAAGUAAGGGAGGUCAUCUAUUCUGGUCUUCUGAAGCUUGUCCUAGUAGACCCUGCCAGUGGGAAACUCGUGCUUGAUUUUCUUUUGCCUCACUUCCUGCGGUUCUUCAAGGAGGAUACUGAUGUUGUAGCUGGAAUUAGCUCUUCCGUUAAAUCAGAACGUGGCAAAGUUUUAGUUGAAGAGCCACUAGAUUGUCUUCUAUCUUGUGUUUCGUGGAUUUUGCUACUCCAACCACAUGGUAAACCAGAUCCUCUAGAUUCGUCGUUGCCAUGUUUUGGUUUCUCCCUUUCCCAAGAUGAUGAGGCACGAAGAAAUCAGUCCAGUGAGUCAUUCUCUGAUGCCCUGACAAAGAUUCGGAAGUUCGUGAGAAAGGGAAAGCUGGAAGGCAUACUCGUUCAGAAUCAGGAUGGCAGCAGCUUUACUUCCCCUGAAGAAGAAAAGAACAGAUGCUUGGCUUUGGUUCUAUCAGGGAUCAUUAAGGUACUACUGAACUCCAUUGCUGCUGAGCUGGAGAAAGCACCCAAUUCAAAGGCAACGGAUCUAGAAAAAGAGCUCUCCGAAUUCGUCGAUCUCCUCGAGCCGCUUGAGAAGGAUGCAUCUCCAAAGCAAACUGGCGGCAGAAGAGGGAAUGUAAAAAGCACUGCUACUGAUACUUCAGCGAAGGUUGAUUCAGCAAGCCGAGAACUGAUUCCCUUCUCAACUUCCAAUCUCUUGACACUGACCCAAAAGGCAGCGAGCCUUUACACCAGCGGUAGCCAGCUGGCUUCUCAGAAGCAUCCAUUGAAGAGCUCCAAGAUCAUAGCUUUCGUCUUGAACAGCUGUCUUCAUCACUUGAAGUCUUACUCUUACCAUGCUGAAGGUAAGGAAGAUCCAUUGGCGGUUUUCGUUUACGGAGAUGUCAAGCGGUUUGGGCGUCCUCUGCUUGAACUAACCCUAUUGCUGAAGCGGGAAAAGGGGAAAAAGGAUUCGGAAGAGAAGAAGGAGAAUCUUUAUUUGGCCUUGUCAUGCUUGAAAGAGCUGAUUUUGAUUGCUCUGAAGAAGAAGGAUCUCACUGGCUUACUGGAUCAACUGUUAUCAGUCUGCCAUUCCGACGAUGGCUCACAGUUAGAAAAUGAUAACACCGAAGCCUCCAGGAUCAGCGAUGAAGAUGUAAGAAACCAGACAAUGUUCAUCAUCAAAGUCUGCAGGCCGCUACUUUCUCAGCUCCUUGGUGUGUCUGCUUUUCGGGAGGUCGAGAUCGUGUGCGAUAUGAUUUCGAUAAUCGGAACCAAACUGCCAUGCCAAUGGAGGAAACCUCACGGAGCUUGGGCAAUCACUCUCUGCAAAACUCAACCCGUAAGGAACCCCAAGGUCGCCAGAACCAUACUCGAGCUCUCCCUUCGUCUUACUUCAUCUCCAGAAGAUCUCAACUUCGCACAAGACCUGACGAAGGAGCUACUGAAGUUCAACCCGUUGGACAAGGACAGCCAGUUGGAAGAAGCCGAAGCUUCUUCCGACCGGUAUCCAAUACUGAACACCGCAACGAGCAGCGCCGUGACUGCUUGCAUACUGCAAGCCAUCGAGGCGGAUAUCGCCGAGAUGGAUUGGGCCGUCAAGAAACUGAAGACAUUGACUUUCAUGGAUCAGAAAAGCAUUCAUUUGCCGGCUGCGAAGGACACCGAUGACGACGAAUUACAUUCCUCGUCGAGAGCUGCAUUCGAAAACCGUCUUCAUUCCAAGGCCGAAGCUGUAGUCAAAGUGCUCUCCUCCUUCGUUCUUAUGCGCCUCAAAGAUUCUCAAGCGGAGCACCUGAUCCGAACCACAACGAAGCUCUACAAGCAUCUAUCCCUGAUGACGAAGCUCGCCAUCGCUCCCAAAGGAUGCAAGCAGCUCAGUCCGAGCCUAGCCUUCCAGAAGCUGGUGGAGAUCACCUGCAGGCAGCUCACGGCUCCGCUCUACAUCUUCGUCGCCGAUACGCAGCAGGAAAGUAAUGCCCAAGGAGUCAACAACAACAACAACAACAACAAGGGGAAAGGCAGCCGCCUGAUGAACAAGAUCAAGAGGGAGAACAAAUGCAUCCCUGAUUUGAUCUUCCAGGUCGAGGAUUACGAGAGGUACCUCAUCAGGCUGAGUAAAGUGACCAGGGUGAAUUUGCUGAAAAAUGCCAAGCGCAGCACCGCGAGGGAUUUCAGGAUAGUCGACGCGCGGCAGAAUGUUGAGCCGGAGCCGGAGGAGGAAGCCGACGACGGCGGAGAGAGCGGAGGCGAGGGAUCGGACGGCGGUGGCGCGGUGUCUCCGUCGCCGUCGUAGCCAUCAAAAUUAGAAUAGGUGUAAAUCCAGGACUUGGGUAGUUGGGCCUGGAUUUCGAAAAGACCGUAACUUAGACUUUGUUAUAUACUAGGAAGUUAGUAAGUAGAAGCCCAUAGCCCAUCUUGGUUACUGUGGGCUUGGGCCUAGAGUUGACGAGCGGUAAAUUUAAAAUUUAAUUUUUUUUCCUGGUAAAGCAAAUUAGGAUUAUCAAUUUUCAAUAGUUAUUGGUUGGACUUGAAGGGGAGAGUGAGAAAAGGGGAAAACGGUGGACUGGACAGACUGGAGUAGAGAAAGCUGUUUUCCCCUUUUGUUUCCUCCACCACAAUCGAGAGAGAGAGAUCUCUCUCCCUCUUGCUCCCUGCCAAAAAAUCACAGCACGAAAGCAUCACCAGGAACGAAGCGAAAUCAAAUUGACGAGGAAAUGAAUACUUCCGACGACGCCAAGCGAAGCAUCUCCGGGAAUCUACCACCGAAGUCCGGCUCCGAUGAUCGGAGACUCGUGCCCGUCGAACCCGCCGCUGCUCCCGUCGUCGGCAAGAAAAUCGUCAUCAAGAACGCGGACAUGAAGGAGGACAUGCAGAAGGAGGCUGUGGAGAUUGCCAUCUCCGCGUUCGAGAAGCUGAAUGUGGAGAAGGACGUGGCGGAGUACAUAAAGAAGGAAUUCGACCGGAAGCACGGACCUACUUGGCAUUGUAUCGUUGGCCGGAAUUUCGGUUCAUACGUGACCCAUGAGACGAAUCACUUUGUGUAUUUCUACUUGGACCAGAAGGCAGUCUUGCUCUUCAAAUCUGGCUGAGGCCGCCCCACAUUCCCCAGUCGCAGCAGCAGCGGCACACACAUCCAAUAUGGCAUGGUGGCGACACCAUGAACUAUCGAUCAUGCCUUGUACGUAUUAAAAAGACCCAAAACCAGAAAAAAUUUCUUGCUAGCAUUUUUGUUGUUGUGUGGAUGGAUCCAUUUGUAUAUCUCUUGGAUUAUUGGUUUUCAGCUACGUGAACUACUCCAAGUUUAAUCUUCCAUGCCUUCUGUCCGUUUCCUGCUUGUCUCUUCUUUUGUUAUCUGCUGCCUCUGCUGUCGUUGUAUGCAGUCAUAUAUUCCUCUUAUCACAUGAAGUUUGGAACCAAAUUUCUGCCUGCCGAAGUGUCAUUUCUCUUCAUCCUUAGACACCCAUUUCCAAGAGUUAUAAAUGUAAAGAGCAGAACAUGUUAAGAGUGUUGUUGGCUGGAGGUUUCAUAUAAUAUAGUCGGGUAAUGACAGUUUAGUCCUUCGUUUUUCUUGAACUUGCUUGUUUGAUGUCUCUACUCUCUAUAUAUAAUGUUGAACAAGUUCAUUUUUAUCCAUCUUAGUCUCGCUGUUACCGGGUUGGUCUGUAUUUACCCAGUGGUCUAGACUCGUGCUCACAUGUCAUGUAUGUUAGAAAAUCUUUUACUUCUCGUUACGGUCUUGAUAGAUUAGAGUCGAAUAAGACGUGGAUGACAUUGGAAUCGAUGAGCAAAAUAAGUAUAUCCGGUCUAUAGUUUCGGGUCAACUAGGACGAAUAUAGAUUCAGUGAAACUUUUAACAGAUGGAC